UAUAAUUUAUACAAAAUGUAUAUUUUAGAUUUUUGGGUGAACAGUCCCUUUAAAUGUCUCCUAAGCUGCUGUACAACAACUUUGCCAUAAAUAAAAUGCAGCAUCUACAACUGGCACAAAAUAUUACCAAACAUUAAAACAGCAAAAUAUAUUACGCAACAUAAUCAUAAGCUGUUGUACAUAUAAACGGUCUCUUCUCCUGCAGAGAGGUUGUGGAUGGCUCCGGAGCUGCUCAGGAUGGAGUCUCCUCCUCUUCAGGGGACUCAGAAAGGAGACGUCCACAGCUUCGGCAUCGUCCUACAGGAGGUGGCGCUGCGCCGAGGAGCCUUUUACCUCGAGGGGUACCCACUCAGCCCCAAAGAGAUCGUGGACCGGGUGGUUCUGGGCGAGUGGCCCUGCCUCAGACCGACCGUCGACCCCCAGAGUCACAGCCCUGAGCUGGGUCAGCUGAUGCAGCGCUGCUGGGCCGAGGAGCCAACGGAGAGACCGGAGUUCAACCACAUCCGCCUGCUGCUGCGCAAGCAGAACAAGGAGUCGAGGACCAACAUCCUGGACAACCUGCUGUCCCGUAUGGAGCAAUAUGCCAACAACCUGGAGGAGCUGGUGGAGGAGCGAACACAAGCUUAUCACGAGGAGAAACGCAAGGCUGAAGCACUACUCUACCAGAUACUACCACACUCGGUAGCGGAGCAGCUGAAGCGCGGUGAGACGGUUCAGGCCGAGGCCUUUGACUCCGUCACCAUCUACUUCAGCGACAUCGUCGGUUUCACCGCCAUCUCUGCAGAGAGCACGCCGAUGCAGGUGGUGACUCUGCUCAACGAUCUCUACACGUGUUUCGAUGCCAUCAUCGACAACUUUGAUGUUUACAAGGUGGAGACCAUCGGCGACGCCUACAUGGUGGUGUCGGGGCUGCCGGUGAGGAACGGGAUGCUGCACGGUAGAGAGAUCGCCCGCAUGGCGCUCGCCCUGCUGGACGCCGUCCGCUCCUUCAAGAUCUGCCACCGAUCAGAGCAGCAGCUGAGGCUGAGGAUCGGGAUCCACAGCGGUCCGGUGUGUGCCGGCGUGGUCGGUCUGAAGAUGCCUCGUUACUGUUUGUUCGGAGACACCGUCAACACGUCGUCUCGCAUGGAGUCCAGCGGAGAAGCGCUGAAGAUUCACGUGUCUGCGGCGACUCACGACGUCCUGCUGGAGUUCAACUGCUUCCAGCUGGAGCCGAGAGGAGACAUCGAGGUCAAGGGCAAAGGGAAGAUGACCACCUAUUGGCUGCUGGGAGAGAGCGACAGCCAAUGAGAAGACGGACGAGGAGGACGAGGAGGACAGAGGGGACGAGGAGACGAGGAGGACG